AUGCCGGCAUACGCGGUCGGAUCGCCGUACCUACCGUGCACGACAGCAUUGUCGGAACUGAAGCCUAUCGGGCUGUCAGAUCUGACUAUGGAGACACAUCAUCGUGGGCGUGUUCUUCGAGUGCGCCGUGUGUCCCCCGUGGUCGCAUUGAAAGCGUCCUCUUGGGCGGUUGUGCAGGGACAGUCAGUUGACGAUGUAGAGCGGAUCGAGGUCUUCUUGCACAAAUCCAAGUACGGCCAGGAACUUCUGGAUUUAGGUUCCAUCUUUCUAGUCAAGGAGCCGUAUUAUACACUCAACAGCCAGGGGGAGCCUGUAAUCCGCAUUGACCACCCGUCGGACCUUGCUAUUUCCACGUAUAGCGAUGGUCCAGAGUCAUGGCGCAAUACGGAAAGUGAUUCAGCUGUCACAGCCAGGACGGCUGCAAUGUGCAAGGAGGAAGGGAACGUUGCACUUGGGAAGAAAGACUUUCCACGAGCUCAUGCCAACUAUACCGAGGGUUUAAGUCGCAUUGGAAUUGAUGAUCAGGCCAGCAAUACCUUGGCUAACGACCUCCACCGGAACCGGUCCUACAUCAACCUUCUGCUUCAGCGCUUUGAGGAGGCAAGGUCUGAUGCACUAUCAUCUCUAAAUCAUAGAGAUGGCCAGGAUGAGAAGCUCUUGGAUGCAAAGGCCUACUAUCGUGCUGGCACCGCCGCCUACAGCCUAGGCGAUUUCGAGGAUGCAAAACGUUUCUUUGACGAACAGCUAAAGCUUGAGCCUGACAACCGACUGGCACAGAUCAACUUGCGGCGAAUCAACAAGCGCAUCGAAGAGAAAACCACUGGAGUAUAUGACUUCACCAAGAUUGUCGGCAACUUGUCCAAGACCCAGGGGCGGGCCGACGCGGCAAGCUUCAACGGCGACACCGAAGUCAAGAAGAGCCCUGGAGCUGGCCGCGGUCUGUUUGCCAGACGGGAUUUUGAACCUGGGGAGACCAUCAUGUGCGAGAAGGCCUUCUGCGUUGUAUGGGGCCAUGAGCCCGGGGCAUUUUCUGCCCUCACAUGCGAUGUCCGUGAUGACGCCGCAAUCCGAGUCUUCCCUGCUGGCUUGCACAAAGCUGUGAUGCAGAACCUGCUGAACAAUCCCUCGCAGGCUCACAAGGUCCUGGAUCUCUUCAGCGACUAUAAGGGACUCGGCGGUAAACCCCUCGAGCAAGACGGCAACCCCAUAAUUGACACUUUCCAGGUUCACGACAUUGUCCAACGGAACGCCUUCGGUCCUGGUCAACAAACUGAGGACGAAGAUGUCACAAACGCCAGCACAGGACUCUGGGUCCGCGCAGCGUACAUCAACCAUUCAUGCGUCUCAAACGCCAAGAAGGACUAUGUGGGCGACCUCAUGCUCCUCCGUGCUACCCGUCGAAUCGCUGCUGGCGAGGAGAUAACACACAGCUAUGACGAGUCUAGCGACUACGAUUCGAGGACUGCGGCCAUCCAAAGGACAUGGGGGUUCAAAUGUCACUGUGCGCUGUGUGCAGCAGAGGAGGCGGAUGGACCAGCUUUGCGGAAACAGCGUUUGGAGCUCGAAAAUGAGGCAAAUGCAUUUUUGCAAAAGGAAAAUCCAUCCGGGGCAAAGAAGAUAUCAAUCAACAAGGCGAAACGACUUCAACAGUCGCUCAAGGACACCUACAAUGAUAAACGAUACAAGGGUCUGCCUCGUCGAGCGGUGAGCGGACUGGAACAGUGGCUUCAGACUGCCUUGCCAGGUAGCUCUUGA